GUUUUCCUUUAGUGCCAGCAUCAAUUCAUGCUGUGGCAAGAGCCAAAUAUUUCAACGAUAAAUGUUGGAUUAGUGUCGACACUCAUUUGCUAUACAUUGUUCAUGGGCCUGUAAUGGCGGCUUUAUUGGUCAAUUUUUUCUUUUUGCUCAACAUUGUACGAGUUCUCGUUACAAAACUGAGAGACACCCAUCGGGCUGAGUCCAAUAUGUACAUGAAAGCUGUCAGAGCCACUUUAAUUCUUGUGCCCUUAUUAGGUAUCCAGUUUGUCAUUAUUCCCUGGAGGCCAGAAAAUAAACUUGCUGGAGAAAUAUAUGAUUACAUCAUGCAUAUUUUAAUGCACUAUCAGGGCUUACUUGUGGCAACCAUUUUCUGUUUCUUCAAUGGAGAGGUCCAAGGAGCUCUGAAGCGGCAAUGGAUGCAGUAUAAAACCCAAUGGGGUCAAAGGCGCCGUGACCAUUGUUCUACACGGUCUACCUCCUACACAGCAACAUCUAUCACAGAGGUUCCAAUCUAUCUGUAUCAUCAUGAUACCAACAGUGAGCAGCUGAACGGAAAGUAUAUAGAUGACUCUGAACUUGUUGCGUUAAAAUCUGGAGAGACAUCUGCUUAGUUUAUAAUUAAAGGUCUUCGCUUUUUAUUUCUGCAAGAAGGAGGAGACUGUAAAGCACCUGCAAUGUGCAUACUUGGUCAGCUAGCUGGAACCAUCAUAUGCAAAGUGCAGAAAUUCAGCUCUCUUGUGGCACCAAUUCACAGAAAGUCUGACAGAGAUUCAGAUGUGUGGACUGACUCCAGUGGCCAAAUGCCACUUUUAAAAGAAAAGGAGAUGAAGGCUAGAUUUCUCAAUGAGGAGCAAGGAUUUUCACCAGUUCCAGAACCUGGCCAUAUGAAAUGAUAAUGCAAUAGUAAUAAAACUUUCUAUCAGACAUCCCGCUGGGAGAUGUCAUUAUUUCUACAAAAGAUCUUUGUUAUCCAGAUUGAACUAAAUGCAAAUUGGAGACAGUAAAGAGCUAUUGCUAGACUUUGGAAUCAUAAACAUGAAUUAUUUGUCAUUAUAUUGGAAAGCUUUUAUUAUUUUAUUUUCAGUGAGUUCAGAUGCUUUCUCAAAGUGGUUUCCCCCCACCCCAAAGCUUGGAGCAAAACAACACCGACAUUGAUUUCAUGUAUUUAAAUCUUCACUGUCACAACAGGAUACUAGCCAUUCAGUAUUAUUCUGACAUCAAGCAGAGGACAGAAAUGAAGGUAAACUAUAUAUUGUGUCAUAAACAUUAAAAACAAUGAGAUUAAACAUUAUCAUAGGAACACAGUGUUCUGUCAGGAAGUCUAGUGAGAGGAUUCAAGAGCCUUGUUCAGUAGGCCAUAUGUCAGCUUUAUAUAAAUUGUUUAUAGGGAAAUUGUCAGCCAUAUUUUUCAGUCCAAAAGAAUCAGAGAGAGGGAACCAUUUUUUUCUAGAAAUGUGUGUUUCUAGAUUUCCUUCCUUCCUUCCU